ACUCAGUUGCGUCGCGACGUCGGUUAAUGGCACACCAUCGUGAACAUUUUGACGGCGUGCCACACACAUUUUUCCUUUUUCGGUGUCACCGCACACAGGAAGAAGCGAUACACGGUCUCGAGAAAAAAUCCCCCUUCUUUUGGUGAACAACCCUCCGACAAUUCCUUCCGUGCUAUAUAGGCUAGAAGAGGAAGAGCUUUUUUUUUAUUUGAGGACUUAUUAGAGAAGGAACUUUGUGCAAGUGAUUGUGAUAAGGAAGAAUAGAGAAAAAAAAGCUCCUGGUGCUCUUGCCAAAUCCCCUCUGUCAUAAAAAAAGGGAAAAAGUGGAUGAGGAAAUACUAUACGGGGGAAAAUUCAUUAGAUGAUGUCGAAAAACAUUGAUUAAAUCGCUUCCAAUUGAAAACACACACACCCUCUCUUCACCCGAAACACGCUGCAAUUUAGCUUUUGAAGAAAGAAAAAAAAACGAAGGAAACGACGUUGGAAUUUCAGAGUAGAUCCCGUAGGAGCUGGAAAAGGCAUUUAAGGGAAAUGUAAGGGCACAGAAAUGACUUUUUGAAUUCAUCCAAUUGAAGAUAUAUAAAACGUGGUGAAUAGAAAGAAAAAAACAACCCCCCUGUUGGAUGUUUUAUCGCCACGAAAAGCGCCUCAACUAUUGGGGGCACGUGUGAAGAUUUUUGCCUUUUCGUCUUUUGUGAAGUCAGUGUGGGGAAGAAUUGCCCGCACCCUUGGGACACCAUCAGUGCCAGGCAGAGUGUGGUGAAAAGUUCAUGAGAGACACGUGUUUAUUGUGCUUUUCAUUUCCUUCCAAUAAAAUAGCAACACAAAUUUUUGCUGACGAAUUUUCCAUGGAAGGAGCUUUUUUUAUUUUUUAAGAAAGCCGAACAGUGGAUUGUGAAAUGAUUCGUCAACCAUGGAUUGAAACUUUUUCUGCACGCGGCAUGUGCGUCAUUGAAUAUUCGAGACAUUUAAUCCAAUAAAAUAAUCAAUUGCCUAACACAGCCAUUUUUUGAAUCAUUUCCCAUCAUUAUCGCUCUGUGAAAAUCCUCACAUACCUUUGAGGCAUACCCAGAGAUACAAGAAGAAGAAAAAUUCGAUACAUCUUGUGAGAGCUUUUAGCAAAAGCAAAGAGGGGGAAAAAUAGGAGAAGAAGUGGAAGAUCAAAGGGAUUUUCUUUGGCAUUUUCACAUCAAAACCACGUGAAGGGUCGUUGUGUGUGACACAGCUGGAGGAAAAUAACUCCUUUUGGGAAAUCUUCUCCGGAAAAAAAGGGGCGAAAAGUGGAAAGGGUUGUGGAGAGAGCAAAAAGACGCUAAAAACGUUUUUCAUCUCAUGCAAGACAAUUUUCCUCCGGAGAGGAAUUUAUGCUGAGGGGCCAUGUGUUGAUUUAUGCCCUCGCUCCACAUGACAGUGUUGUCAAAGUGAAGAAUUUCCCAUCUCAUGUGAUCACUCCUGCUACUGAGGCUGGGUGUAUCCAUUUUGGACGUUUUAUUUGGUAAACAUCGGGCAAUUAUUGCGUAAAGUCUCACGCGUCCAAAGUUUCCUCUCAAGACGUCUCACUUGGGUACGUACAAAAAAAAAAUUCCGGCGCUGCUAAAAAUAAGAUCACAUCAUUAGCCCGCUCUGCAGACAAUUUAGCGUUUACCCCAGACGAAUGUAACUCCACACAGCAAGUGCCACAAGAAGUGAUACAAAAACACACCAAGGAGAAUCAACACCGAGAGAUCUGUGCAGCAUCUUCCCUACAUAGUUUGUCACGUUUCUCCCUAUUCUUUGCUCUGCCAUGUGGCAAAUGUUAGCAAUCAAGUGACUCUUCGUCUUGCACAAGAAGAUCCGCUAAUUAUCUUCCAAAUCAUUUGACAUAAAUUGAUGAUGUGAUCGCGAGAGGACCUCCACAGAGAGGCACACGCAAAUCACUUUGUUCCUCUAUUAAGGCUACAACAGCAUAAAAAAGAAAAAUUCUUCAAAGAACUCUUUUCCCAGCCCUUUUGCUCUCUUUCAUUGAGAUUGCCUAUUUCGGCCGCAAAAAGGGUUGCGUGUGUGUAUUUACGUAACGAAAAAAAAAGAGAAAAGAAAAAAAAGUGUUGACGAAACAUUGGUGCGGUGUAUAUAAAAGAGACAGUGAGGCAAAUGCGGGGAGAUAGCAAUCAAAAAUGUGUUGUGAGUAUGUGAAUAAAAUUCCAAUAAACAUAAAUUGGUGCUGAGGAGAGAAGAAAGAGAAUGUUGCGUCACAUCAUUGGGUAUUUGUAAUCAAAAGUAUAAACACACCCCCGCCACGAAAUUGUGUUUGAAGAAAAUUGUGAAAGACCAUCCCUCCUCCGAAUACGGCAUCAUCAUGAUCCCCAGAGAAUUGAAAAGCAUCCAAUGGAUGGUAUUUUUGCUGAUGUCGUGCUUUAUAGGCACAACCAUUGGGAGCUUCCAGGCACAAAAUCACGGGCACAACACCCUUACGGAACGGACAACGCCGAUGCCAUCGCUUGGUUACAUCUCACCAGCGUACUUUGACAUUUCCAUACCCCGAAAUGUGACCGCUCUUGUGGGUAAAUCGGCCUAUCUUUCAUGUCGUGUACGAAAUCUCGGAAAUAAAACUGUCGCCUGGGUGCGCCACAGAGACAUCCACGUUCUCACAAUUGGCACCUACACCUACACGUCGGACCAGCGGUUUCAGACUACCCACCAUAAGGACACAGAUGAGUGGACGUUGCACAUCAAAUGGGCACAACCACGCGAUGCUGGCACUUAUGAGUGUCAAAUCUCGUCUGUGCCAAUCCGCAGUUACACCGUAACACUCAGUGUUGUGGACCCAUCGAAGCAAUACGAUGACUUCUAUGGUGGUGGUGGAAAUCCUUCACAGAGAUUCUACAAUGAUCGCCCGGAGCCACCAUACCCCUAUCAGCAGCCACGGCAUCACCGCCCAAAUUGGUAUCCACCCUCGGGUCCCACCAGCUGGAACAGCUACUACCACCGUCAGACAAAUGGUUCUCCACACUUCAAUGUGCCAACAGCCUCAAUUCUAGGUGGUCCAGAUCUCUACGUAGACAAAGGUAGCACGAUAAACUUAACGUGUGCCAUUCGCUUCAGCCCAGAGCCACCAGCAUACAUUUUCUGGUAUCAUCAAGAUGAGGUAAUUAGCUACGAUUCAACACGAGGCGGUGUCUCUGUAAUCACUGAAAAGGGUGAAGUAACAACUUCCUACCUACUCAUCCAGGAUGCUGAGCUCACCGACUCCGGCAAAUACUCGUGCAGCCCAUCAAAUGCGGAUGUGGCGAGUGUUCGAGUGCACGUCCUCAAUGGGGAACGUCCCGAAGCAAUGCAGACUGGUUCAGCUGGGCUAUCGAGCAGCUGUGUAUGUAUCUCAAUACUAAUUAUUAUAUCAAACAUUUACAAUUAUCUAAGGGUAUGUCUUGGUCUCCAAUCACUCCAUUCUGGUAGUCAUUUACGGUGAUAAAAUUAUAUAUAUGUACACGGUAUAAAUUAAACUAUACUACAAUAUUCUCUUUCUCAUUCCCCAUACCCCCCGCAAAACCCAAAAGCUCUCUUGGGUAUGCAUAUGUAUGUAUAUGCGCCCACCCCAUUCGUCUCCGUCAAACUUUGUCGGUGUAUCUCUCACCAACGAGAUCCCAUCAAAGUUCUCCGAAAGGAGGAGAGGUCGAUGGUGGAGGGAGCGAGUGUUGUACGGGGGAAGGGGAAUGGCAAAGAAAAUUUAAUUAUUAACUCCAUAGUUUUACCACAUAAGUACGGUUUUGUGUAAAUAUAAAGUUGAAAGAAGAGAGGAUAUUUUCAAUUGUAAAAGCGUAUGAAAAGAGAACUCGUAAUUAAAUUUAAAAUUCAAAUAAAAAUAAAAUUGGAAAAUGGAAUAUUUCGCGAAAUAUCCCCCACUAAGAACAAAAAGAAAUAUAUAUAUUGCAAAAAAAAUCUCUCAGUUUCCAUCAAAUGAAAACUGAAAAAGAUUUUUGGAAUAAAAAUGAAUUUAUUGAUGAGUAAUAAAAAAAUCUUUAAUAGGAUAUUUGAAAAGGAAUCUCUAUUGUAGGUGAAUUUGAGGAUUAAAGCAGAAAAAGUUUCUAUAGAGAAAUGAACAAUAUUAUCAAUUAGAAAAAAAAUCUAUGUACAACACAACCUUUUACUAUGUAUAAUGAUUUUAUAUAUAAUGCGCAGGAAUGGCGAAAUGACGUUAAAAAAAAUGGAAAAGUUAAUCAAAUAAAUUAUUUGAUCAGCAACUUGUUUUUUUUUUUUCAUUUAAAGUAUUUCCAUUUUCUCUUUUAUCUUGAUUUUUUCUUUUCAAAUGAAUAAAAAGAUUUAAAACAAGAGAUUUUUCUUUCAAGUAUUUCAUUCUUGUUGGAUUUCUUUUCACAUUCAAAGUUCUAUUUGAUUGAAACUUAUUCAACUAUAGUCCGAGUCUGCCCAUUAAUAUUUUUUUUCUUUCAUUAAAAGAAGAUUUUCAAAGAAAACCAUUAAAAUAAAAUAGAGCAAAAACAUCUUGAGAUGCUCUAAAAUUUAGAAUGCCGUUCGAGACCGUGCUCUGUUACAAGAAAGGUCCAACAGGGCGUGGCUGUGUGGGCUGUGUAAAGUGUUUUAAAAGAUUUGUUAUUAAUUUUGGGAAAUAGAGCGGGAAAAUGUCUUAUUGUUUGCAAUUAAAUUAUAUAUAAAACUCCGGAAAACAGUAGAAAACUUCUGUAGAGAAAAUAUAAUUUUUGCAACAAACGACAUUCUUUGGCUGUAUCUCACCAAAAUAAAUCAUCCCCCAAAGCAGUUUCCCCCAGAGAGACAUAAAGAUGUUAUGAACAUUAAAAGAAAAGAAAUAUAUUAGGUAUUUAUAUUUAACUACAGGUAUCACAGGAAAAAAAAUGUUAAAUAGACAAAAGAAAACGAAGAAAAAAAAAUACAAAAUGCAUUUUAAAAGAUGAAAAAACUAUUUAAACUGUGUGGAAUUUGUCAUGAAUCAUAAAAAAAUGACACUAAAAGCCCUGAAUAAGUGUAAUUUAAUCGUUGUACAUAAAUUAAAUUGAAAAAAAAAAUAAAGAGAAACCAUUUUUAUUAAUUGUAUAUAUAAUAAUGUAGAUGGGAAGAGGUAUAAGGGGGAGAAGAAUGUUCUCAUUUGGAUAUAUGAGAACAUGCAGAGAAGCAAGAGUUUAUGUGAAACAUAAAAAAAUGAAAGCAUAAAUAAUGAUAAUAAUAUUACAGAGAGAGAGAAAAAAAUGUAUAAUUCUAAAUGUAAAAGAUUUUUUUCCAACACACAGAAAAAAAAGAACAAGAGAGAAGAAAAACAACCAAAUAAAAAUGAUUUCGUUUCAAAUGAGACGCAUUUUAAUUAAAUUUUCAUACUAGCACCUUUCCCAUGGCUUUACU